UCAUACACAGAGAGAGACAUUUAGUGCAAGGCAAAGAAAUAGCGAGUGCUGCAUAGAAAAAUGAAGAAAAAUGUGGGAACAUAAAAAGCAAUAACAAAAUAAUAAGCCAAGAAAAUCACAUGGUAGAAACUAGAGGGGAGUUACAUGGAUGAAAGAAGCUGCCAGGCCUUUGCCUAGUGGCGACAGUACAAACAUUGCUGUCCCUAUUACAUUGCAUUUGAAUAGUGGGAUGGGUUUCUUUGCCUAGUUUUGCCGUAUUUUGGGUAGCUAAAAUUGGGCUUGCUCUUGGCCCCCAUGCCCCAAACCUUAAAAUCUCAAACCCGACACAGCAUGACAGCAACUAAAAUUUUACAUGGGUUGUAAGAUUUCUUACUUUAAGUUCCCAAAAUUCCUCUUGUCUCAUCCCUCACCAAAAAUACAUCUCUUCAGAACGAUCCCAAUUUCCACUCUAACACCAAACCAACCAAUACCCAGAAAGAAAAAAACGUUUUCUCACAUUUUCCAAGAAUGUUCAAUACGAAAAUCGUUAAACCCAGGCAAACAAGCGCAUUGUCAAUUGAUAAUAUCUGGGUUUAUCCCAACUAUCUUUGUUACGAAUUGUUUGAUCCAGCUGUAUAUAAAAUGCGCAGAUUUGGGUUCUGCUACUAAAGUGUUUGAUAAAAUGUCUCAACGAGAUGUCGUGUCGUGGAAUGCGAUGGUUUUUGGGUAUGCUAAUAAUGGGGCAAUGGGGAUUGCAAAGAGAUAUUUUGAUGAUAUGCCUGAAAAGGAUGUUGUUUCGUGGAAUUCAUUGGUUUCAGGGUACAUGAAGAAUGGUCAGUGUUUGAAGUCUAUUGAAGUCUUUGUGGAAAUGGGAAGGGUGGGAGUUGGUUUUGAUCGGACAAGUUUUGCUGUUGUUUUGAAAUCUUGUGCUGUUUUGGAAGAUUUUGAUGUGGGUUUACAAGUACAUGGUGCCGCAGUUAAAAUUGCUUUUGAUAAAGAUGUGUUUACAGGGAGUGCUUUAGUGGAUAUGUAUGGAAAAUGUAGAAGGUUAGAUGAUUCAAUUAGGUUCUUUUAUCAAAUGCCCGAGAAGAAUUGGGUUUCUUGGAGUGCUGUGAUUGCGGGUUGUGUUCAAAAUAAUAAAUUUAAUAAGGGUGUGGAAUUGUUCAGGGAGAUGCAAAGGGAAGAUAUUGGGGUUAGUCAGUCUGCUUAUGCUAGUGUUUUGAGGUCAUGUUCCGGGUUGUCUGCAUUUAGGUUUGGUAGGCAGUUGCAUGGUCAUGCCUUGAAGACUAAUUUUGCAUCAGAUUUAAUUGUAGGAACAGCAAUUUUAGAUAUGUAUGCAAAAUGUGGUAAUAUCACUGAAGCUCAAAAGAUAUUUAACUUGUUUCCGAUUCGCAAUUUGCAAUCUUUUAACGCUAUUAUUAUUGGUUAUGCCCAAAGUGAUCAGGGCUUUCAAGCUUUGCAUUUAUUUCAACUUUUGCUCAAGUCUGAUCUUGGUUUUGAUGAAAUUAGUUUAUCUGGAGCAUUUAGUGCUUGUGCAGUAAUGAAAGGGUAUUUGGAGGGCGUUCAAGUACAUGCCUUAGCAGUUAAAAGUACGUUUGAGUCAAAUGUUUGUGUGGCUAAUGCUAUUCUCGACAUGUAUGGUAAAUCUGGAGCUUUGGCUGAAGCAUGUCGUAUUUUCUAUGAAAUGGAGAGAAGGGAUGCUAUUUCUUGGAAUGCAAUUAUUGCAGCUCAUGAACAGAAUGGAAAUGAAGAGGAAACACUCUCUCAUUUUGUUUCCAUGCUGCAGUCUGCGAUGGAGCCUGAUGAGUUCACAUAUGGCAGUGUCUUAAAAGCUUGUGCUGGUCAGCAAGCCUUGAAUUAUGGCACGGAGAUCCAUAAUAGAAUCAUCAAAUCUGGAAUGGGGUUGCAUUCGUUUGUCGGAAGUGCUCUUGUUGAUAUGUACUGCAAAUGUGGUAUGAUGGAAGAGGCAGAAAAGAUCCAUGACAGAAUAGAACAACAGACUAUGGUCUGUUGGAAUGCAAUAAUUUCUGGAUUAUCACUGCAAAAAGAAAGUGAAGAAGCUCAGACAUUUUUUUCCCGAAUGCUGGAGAUGGGGAUAAAGCCAGAUCACUUCACUUAUGCAACAGUUCUUGACACCUGUGCCAAUUUGGCUACUGUUGGACUUGGUAAGCAAAUUCAUGCUCAAAGUAUCAAGCUUGAAUUGCAAUCGGAUGUGUACAUAUGCAGCACCCUUGUGGAUAUGUACUCAAAAUGUGGAAACCUGUAUGAUUCCAAGCUAAUAUUUGAGAAAGCUACUAAUCGGGAUUUUGUAACAUGGAAUGCCAUGAUUUGUGGGUAUGCCCAACAUGGUCUUGGAGAAGAGGCCCUUAAAAUUUUUGAGGAUAUGAUAACUGAGAAUGUGAUACCAAACCACGCAACAUUUGUUUCAGUCCUUCGAGCAUGUGCACAUAUAGGGCUGGUAGAAAAGGGAUUGCGUUAUUUUGCUUUGAUGUCAAGUGACUAUGGUUUAACUCCUCAGUUGGAGCACUAUUCGUGUAUGGUGGAUAUAAUGGGAAGGGCAGGCCAAGUUAGUGAGGCAUUAAAGCUCAUAAAUGAUAUGCCAUUUGCACCAGAUGAUGUUAUAUGGAGAUCUCUGCUUAGCAUUUGUAAGAUCCAUGGCAACGUAGAGGUGGCAGAAAAAGUGGCCAAUUCUCUUUUGCAGUUAGACCCUCAAGAUUCUUCCGCUUAUAUUCUUCUGUCAAAUAUAUAUGCUGAUGCAGGAAUGUGGGACAAGGUUUCUGAUAUGAGGAAGAUAAUGAGGUUCAAUAAGCUCAAGAAGGAACCUGGGUGUAGCUGGAUUGAAAUAAAAGAUGAGGUUCAUGCUUUCCUUGCAGGUGACAGGGCUCAUCCAAGAUGCAAAGAGAUAUACGGGAAACUUGUUAAUUUAGUUGAUGAAAUGAGAUGCUACGUGGCCGAUAUAGAUUUUUUCCUUGAGGAAGAGGCAAACCAAUUAAAGAAGCAUGAAGACAGCUUGUGUAAUUUGUAAUUUUAAAGUGCCCACAGAAUCAAAGGGACGUAUAAUCCUAUAUUUUUCCAGCCUAGAAAUUCAGCUUUAAAAGAGUAUAGCUCUUCUUACCUUGCAUGGCGAGCACGUGUAUCAGAAGUUUUGGAUGUUUGAGAACUGCCAUAGAUAGGGGAAGAAAUGGCAAAAAUUGAUUCAUCAAUUCAUUCAAGUGACUUGACAGGAUAACAGCAUGAGGCUUCUAGGUCUGCAUCAUGGCGAUGCAAACACCCACAGGACUUAGAUGUUAAGCAUCCAAUGAGUUUUG